UCAUAUUUCAUCAAUGCUAACCUUUAACUAGGAAUCACUGGAUAAAAAGUAGGGACAGACAGGUGUUCACUAAAUAGAGCCACGUUGACACUAGACUGAGCUUCUGAUUGAACUCAGGUGGAAAAAUGACUUGCACUGAAGGCUUUACAUCCUGCAAUGGAUUUAGCUUGAUGGUUCUAGCGUUGUUAGCAGUGGUUCUCAACACAAUACCUCUAAUCAGCUACAAACUUCAGAGUGAUGAGCUGUCUAAAAACCCCAUAUCUUGCUUUGAGUGGUGGUAUCCAGGAAUCAUAGGAGCGGGUGUACUGGUCAUUCCAGCAACUAUAAUGUCCUUGGCUGCAAGAAAAAGGGCAUGCUGCAACAACAGAUUAGGAAUGAUUCUGUCAUCAUUUUUGAGCCUGGUAACUAUUGGUGGCGCUGUGUACUGUAUUUUGGUGUCUGCACUGGCUCUUUCUGAAGGACCCCUCAUUUGCAACUACAACGGCAACAGCACAUUCAAUUGUGAAUUUUCUAUGAAAAACUUAAGUGACAUUCAUGAUCAACUGCAACAACCAAUCACUCUGAGAUGGUUUUUCAGUCCUACUUGUGAGCCUGAAAUUCCCAACAAUUCUGUACCUGAUAAUAGUACUAAUCUUUUCCAGAGAACAAACACUCUCACUGUUAGCUCUGAAGAAAACAGAUAUAAGAUUAUUCACCUUACAGUAUUUGUUGGUUUAUUUUUGGUUGGGAUUCUUGAGAUCUUAUUCAGUAUCAGUCAGAUAGUGAUUGGGUUGUUCGGCUGCCUCUGUGGAGUUUCUAAGCGGAGAAGUGGAAAAACGUGGUAAUAAUAUGGGAAGCAAAGACAGUCUCUCUCAAGAGAUUUCCAUUUUAAGGUGGAAAUAUAAUUCUUUAGAUAUUUUUAGCUAUCAGUGUUGGGAUAUUAGUCAACGACAUGAAAAUAAUCUAAAUGCCGAUUUUAAAGUCACAUUUUGUUUCAUUUUCAAAAUUUUCAAAAAAUGGUUUCACUAAUAUAUUGACUGUUUAAAGACAAGAAAUACAUGUUUACUAUAUUUUUACUGCAUACACUAAAAAUUCUCAGUAUGAUCACUCCAAGAAUUUUUUUAAAACGUUCU